AUGUCCGCCAUCCUUUCAAUCGACACGCUCAACGACUUCAUCUCCCCAGGCGUAGCAUGUAUCAAGCCCAACGAAUAUGAAAUCUCCUUCAACACCGACGCGCCCCCUCCCUCAUCCAACAACAACAACCUCCCACCCGCGCAGAUCUCUCUCACUGACUGCCUCGCCUGCUCCGGCUGCGUCACUUCUGCCGAGGCCGUGCUCGUGUCCCUGCAGUCCCACACUGAAGUCCUGUCGGAGCUGGACUCUGCGCCAGCCCUACGCCUCAUCUCCUCCCCGACUGGCCUUGUCAUCGAGAAUCCCGAGGACCCAGGCAGGAUCUAUGUCGCAAGCGUGAGUCCGCAGACGCGGGCCAGCAUUGCGGCGACAUUCAAGGUUACAGAGAGGGAGGCCGGAUAUAUGAUUGAGCAGCUGCUUAGUGGGCCACGGGGGGUUAAGGGGAGGGCAGUCUACAGGAAUGCGUUUCAGUGGGUGGUUGAUACGAACGUAGCUCGGGAUGCGUGUUUGGUGUUGGGUGCGGACGAGGUCAUGCACUCGUUACUCGCCGGAAAAGGAACAACGAAUGGUUUGGGACAGGGAGAUGCGCAGAACCAGCCCCAGAAGCCGAUACUGUCGUCUUCGUGUCCGGGGUGGGUAUGCUACGCGGAGAAGACACAUCCGCAUAUCUUACCGCAUUUGUCACGUCUGAAGUCACCGCAGGCACUCAUGGGAACAUUGCUGAAGACGACACUGAGCAAGAAACUUGGUAUUUCGCCAGAUAGGAUUUGGCAUGUGGCUAUCAUGCCAUGCUUUGAUAAAAAGUUGGAGGCUAGUCGCGAGGAACUCACUGACGCCGUGUGGGAGGGAACUGGGACCAGAGGAGUGAGAGACGUGGACAGUGUUAUUACGAGUAAGGAGUUACUCAUGUUGGCCGAAUCGAGAAGGGUAGAUUUUGCGAAGUUGCCUAGGGCGCCUUUGCCUUCCAGGAUACCGUUCCCUGAUCUUAAGCUUGAUGCUUUUCUUUUCCCACCCGUCAGACGGCGGAAGAACAAUGUCCCAGCUGCUGGCACUUCGGGAGGUAACCUUUACUAUGUUCUGCAGUACUUUGCUUCUCAGCAUGAGGGCGCCACUAUCCAGACAACUCGUGGCCGUAACGCAGAUGUUCUGGAAUACUCGGUCACCUCAUCGGCAGGCGAGACCUUAUUCAAAGCUGCUCGCUACUAUGGAUUCCGCAACAUCCAGAAUCUCGUCCGCAAGUUAAAGCCUGCGAGACCAUCUCGGAUGCCAGGCGGUAAACCUAUUGGAAGUGCCAGAAAGCCUGUUGGUAAGGCCAGCGGUCCAGAAUUCUCUUAUGUCGAAGUAAUGGCCUGUCCAGGAGGCUGUACCAACGGUGGGGGUCAAAUAAAGGUCGACGAUCCCAUAAUAUCUGGCGUUGAGAUUAGCGAGAUUAGGCCAGGUCCUCAAGAGCAGAAGGAAUGGCUGGCGCAAGUCGACGAGGCCUAUUUUUCCGGAGAAGAUGACGAAAGCUGUUUGGAGAGUCGUAAUGAUUUGGUAGACGGUAUUUCGCCGUCCUACAUAAAAGAUACCCUUGCCCAUUGGGCAUCUACAACCGGCCUAGAUCUGGGGCGGUUGGUAUACACGAGCUACCGGGAGGUGGUCUCAGACGUCGGCAAGAAGAUUGGCGACGCGGAGCAGAUCAUAGAGAUCGCGGGCAAGCUGGGUGGCGGUUGGUAA